GACUUCAAAGGUCCUCUGCACUCGGACUAUAAGUUUGACUGGGACCGGAUGCUGCAGGCUCAGGGAGACACGGGCGUCUUCCUCCAGUACACACACGCUCGACUCUGCAGUUUAAUACGCAGGAAUGAAGGUGUCGGUGGAUUUAUAUUUGAUCCAUCGCUCCUACUCGAGCCAACGAGCAUCAUCGUCCUGCAGCACCUCCUGCGCUACGAUGAGGUUUUGUACCAGUCGUCCCAGGAUCUGCAGCCCAAACACCUCGUCAACUUUUUAUUGAAGCUGUGCCACCUGGUUGCCUCGGCACACAGAGAGCUGCCGGUAAAAGGGAGCAGUCAGGAUGUUGCACAGGUAAAUAGGAAGUUGCUAAAAGUACAUACCUAUGUGUCCUUUUCAAAUGCACCGUCAUGGAACUUUGUACAAUGAGUAAAUACUUCCUCGUAGGGACAGUUCAGUUUCUUUAGGC